AUGUCCUCUAAGAAGAUUGCUAUCCUAUACGGAUCCGAGACCGGUAACGCUCAAGAUUUCGCAACAAUCUUAUCCCAUAAAUUGCAAAGACUACAUUUUGCACACACCAUCUCCCCAAUUGCUGAGUAUCAUACUGCUGACAUAUUAAAAUGCAAGUAUCUUUUCAUUCUAUGUUCAACAACGGGACAGGGUGAAUUACCCAGGAACGCUUUAGGUGACAAGAGUUCACUAUGGCAAUUCUUAAAGAAGAAGCAUUUACCUAGUGAUUUCUUGAGUCAUUGUCAAGUGGCGUUGUUUGGAUUGGGUGAUUCUUCAUAUCCAAAGUUUAACUAUGCAGUAAGGAAGUUACAUCAAAGAAUGGUAGUCCAAUUGGGCGCUAGAGAGAUUUUUGAUAGAUUGGAAGCUGAUGAACAAAGUAUGGCUGGGAGUAACAAGGGUACUGGUGCUGGUGUCGAGAGUGUCUACUUCGAAUAUGAGAAAAGAAUAUUGGAUUUCUUGAAGGAGAAAUUCCCAAGGAGAAAGUUGAAAAAUGGUGAUGUAGUGGAUCGUGAUGAAAUUGAUCCUGAAAUAUAUAUCGAACCAAGUUCUUAUUUGACUCUAGCUGAUGGUGGGGAUGAAACCGAAGUGGAAAUCUCCUUUAAAGGUGACACUUCUAUGGAAUCAGGGAAGAUAAUAAAGAACAAGAGAAUCACAGAUGAAGAGCAUUUCCAAGACGUCAGACAAUUUGUCUUUUCUAAUGAUAACGGGAUCGAGGAUAGAUAUUCUCCUGGUGAUACAGCAGCUAUUUACUCAUGCAAUACUGAUGUAGCUGUUCAACAGUUCCUCGAGGUCCAAUCCCAUUGGCUUGAAGUGGCAGAUAAACCUUUGAGAUUUACCAAUGGUGUACCAAACCAUUUGAAGGACGGUGGUAUUGUUCAACCUUUAACCAUUAGGAAUCUUUUGAAGUAUCAUUGUGAUAUAAUGAGUAUCCCUAGAACAAGUUUCUUCAUGAAGACAUGGGCGUUCGCUACAGAUGUGACUAGAAUGGAACGUGGUCAAGAGCAACUAGAUGAUCAAAGAGAAAAAUUAAAAGAAUUUGCGUACGAUCAAGACAUGCAAGAAUUAUAUGAUUAUUGUAAUAGACCAAGAAGAUCCAUCUUGGAAGUAAUGGACGAUUUCCUUUCAGUUAGAUUGCCAUGGAAAUACAUGUUGGAUUAUCUUCCAUUGAUUAAACCUCGAUAUUAUUCUAUAUCUAGUGGCCCCAAUGAUCCUAACAUUGAAUUGACCAUCGCCAUUGUUAAGUAUAGGACCAUUUUAAGAAAGAUUAGAAAGGGUGUUUGUACGGAUUAUAUUGCUCAUUUGAAAGAAGGUGAUCAUCUUCGUUAUAAGAUCCAGCAUAAUAAUCUGGUGAGAGAUAACUACCACGGUAGACCAAUGAUUUUAGUGAGUCCUGGUGUUGGUAUUGCUCCAUUGAUGUCUAUCGUCAAGGCUAAAUUAUCUGAAGAUAUUAAUUUCUUCUUUGGUUGUAGAUUUAAAGAUAAAGAUUAUUUGUAUCAGAAUUUAUUAGAAGAAUGGGAGAAGGAGAAGAGAAUUAAGUUACAUCCUGUCUUUUCAAGAGACCGUGAAAACUCCCCUGAUACUAAAUAUGUUCAAGACGUGCUAUGGAAGUUAGGACCGGAGAUGACGAAUUUAAUUGUUAAAGAAAAUGCCAUUAUGUGUCUAUGUGGUGCCUCUGGUAAGAUGCCCGUGCAAGUCAGAUUGACAUUUAUAGAAAUGUUAAAGAAAUGGGGGGAUUUCUCUAGUGAUGAUGAGGCAAGAAAAUAUUUGAAACAAAUGGAAAGGGAGGACAGAUACUUACAGGAAACGUGGUAG